AUGUCGACGAGACCAUGGGUGGAGAGGAUCCAAGCAAGUCAAGAUGGUGCCGAAGGCGAGGUGAGGAUUCAACCAGGCGUCAAGGAUGAGGAGGAGACUAGCGUCGAAGGCAUGGUGCCAACGGGCAGCGACGGCGGGGCGCUGUGUGCUAGCGAGGUUGACCGCGAAAGGGAGGGCACACCGAAGAUAACAUGCUUGGAUGUCAGUUGCAGAGGGCAAGCUUGGGCAGACACGAGGCAACCCAGAUGGGCGCUAAGAGCGAGGCGGCCCAGACAAGCACCGAAGAUGAGGUGUAGAACCAAGAGGUGGAGGCGUCAUUAG